AAAUAUAAUAGAGAAAACAAAAACCGAUGUAUAAGGCCCAAUAUUAUAAGACCCAACUCCGCCUAUCAAUCGUUUCGUUUUCGCCGGCUUUUCCAGUUUCCUUGGUGCUAAGCUGCCGCACGAGAUAAGAAGAAGAAAAUGCCGUCUUUACAAACAGCGCUGCCCCCUGAGCUUGCUAACAACGUUAUCAGACUUUACCGGGAGUGUCUUCGAAGAGCUAAAUAUAUAGGCCAUAAGCAACAUAAUACAGCAUUGGUUGUUGAUAUGGUGAGACAGCAGUUCAAAAAGCAUAUGCAUGAGACGGAUCCAGAGAAGAUUCAGAAGCUGAAGGAUGAUGCUGCAAGGGGACUAAUUAACCACAUACUCUAUGAGUCUGAGAAGCUAUCUGGACGAAAAUUCAGCAAUAGCUCUUGAUAGAGUUGGGGUUUUUAUUUGAGAUAUUGGUAUUAGACAAAUUUCAUGACUGCUCAACUAAGUAAUAAACAAAGGCUUGAAUUUUGGUGUUCAUAAUGAGUUCGACUGUGUGCUGCAUUGAACUUGCUUCAGUUUUACUUAAUAUAUGCUGUAUGAUGCAUGAUACUGAUGUAGUUUCAAGUAUGUGAGUUGAAGAUGAUGCAUCAUUGUGUAAGCAUGCCAGGCUAUAUUUUGUUUUAGAAUGUGAUAUAUUCUCAUGCCGUGCUCAAAUGGGUUGCUGCUGCUAAUGGAGCUACAAAUACAUCCUUAGGGAAGUGAGAUGUGGAAGAUAUUUCCUGCAAGGUCCCAAUGGUCAAAUGCUGUAAUCUUGAAAGUCACCACACCCAUGUUCCUAUAUAAUAAAAUAUAGAUGUCUCGUAUUGUGAAUGCUUCUCAUUUUCAGCUAUAAUGUUCCUAUAGGGUGUCUUAUCGAAUCAUUGUUUGGGAAAAGUGCAAGCCUCAUAGAGGUCGUUUACGCUUUUUCUACCCUCUAUCAUGGAGAUGAAUGGAACAGUAAACAUUUUGGUCCAUAAUAA